CUCGCCAUCUUCACCGCGCGGUGUCUUCUGAGAGGUGGUCUAUUGUCGCUGGUUAUAUACUUCUAGUGAUGGCUGCAAAUCAGUUCAACAAGGGACCAGCCUAUGGACUUUCUGCAGAAGUCAAAAACAAAAUUGCACAAAAGUAUGACCUGCAGAAGGAAGAGGAGCUCCGCGUCUGGAUUGAGGACACAACAGGCUGCAGCAUUGGGGAUGACUUCCAGAAGGGCCUAAAGAAUGGCGUCAUUCUGUGCCAGUUGAUUAAUAAAUUGCAGCCGGGCUCAGUGAAGAAAACAAACAACUCAUCUUUAAACUGGCACCAGCUGGAGAACGUGUGUAAUUUCACCAAAGCCAUAACAACAUACGGACUGAAGCCUCACGACAUCUUCGAAGCCAAUGACCUGUUUGAGUCUGGGAACAUGACACAAGUCCAGACAACUCUCCUGGCUCUUGCUGGCAUGUCUAAGACAAAAGGAGUGCAGACGCGGGUGGAAAUUGGCGUGAAAUAUGCUGAUAAACAGGAGAGGGCUUUCGACGAGGAGAAGAUGAAGGCUGGGCAGUGUGUCAUAGGCCUCCAGAUGGGUACCAAUAAGUGUGCCAGCCAGGCGGGCAUGAACGCUUAUGGGACCAGGAGGCAUUUGUAUGACCCUAAGGCUAAUGUUCUUCCACCCAUGGACAGCACAACUAUUGGUCUGCAAAUGGGCACCAACAAGGGUGCAAGCCAGGCUGGCAUGACUGCCCCUGGCACCAGACGAGCCAUCUACGACCAGAAGCUGGGAACGGACAAAUGUGACAACAGCACUAUGUCCCUGCAGAUGGGCUCCAACCAGGGUGCCAGCCAGAGUGGGCAAAACUUUGGUCUGGGCCGCCAAAUCUACGAUGCCAAGUACUGCCCAAAGGGUGAACUUCAAGACAUGCCAGACGAGAUGGAUGAUAACGGCUAUGACCAGGACCAGGGUUACGUGGGCCACUAAUUGGGAUAAAAGGACACAAACAUAGAAAGACUGGUUUUUUUCUCUCUUUCUCUACAAUUCAACAUCAGAUGCCUUGAGGCCAUGCUUCAUGAUAGAAAAAUUGAACAAAAUGUAUUGUAUUUGUUUCUCCACUUUGUUAGGCUUCCAGGCUUUAGUAUCCAGCCAUGCCAUUUACUGCCAAAAGCAACACAUUCAUAUCCUCUCAUCUAACAAAAAUCUCUUUACAGGACCACAUCAGAUAGUGUUAGCAUAUUUUUGGGUUUUCGACACAGUAUGGUUGGUCCUCUUGCUGCUACGUUGUAACAGGAAAAAGAUUGUAUUUUUUGUAAUUUUCCACAAUUCGGUUCUCGACUGACAGUUUCAGUUUCUGACUAUCAUUCUGCUGGACUACACUCAUAGUUUAUACCAUUGCCUCAUCUUUUGGCAUAUAUUCGUACCCAUUCAUCUCUAGGUUAACUUGACUCUGAGCAAAAUGGGACCCCACCCUCACAUCCUUAACUAAUGUACAUACACCUUGAGGUACAUUUAAUUAACCAUAAACUUACUGAACAAGCUCAAGUUGAAUAUUCUUGGGGGGGGGACGCUAUACAUUCCACAUGUGUAUUUAGGUUACAUAUGCAGGUGCUAACUUCAUUGUUCUUUUUAAAUUCAAGAAGAAAAUAUUCAUCAAAAAGGGUGUUCCAUAUCAUUUGAUUUUGUACCAUUUAUAUUUUUAAUUAAUAAAGUUAACCUAUUGUC